GAUUCUUCGUCAGGCUAUGAAUCUACAGACAUUUCUGAUGUGGAAUCAGUGAGUUCUUGGGGGUCACGUGACAGUCUUGACAGCAGAUCAUAUGACACCACCCACGAAGAAGUAAUGAACUUCAGUAGUACGCAUGCGCUUUCCGAGCACCUAAAAUUAAUUCUGGCAAUGCCUGAAAUGUGUGACGUCACGUUUAUAGUUGGACCACGUGAAGUGCCCGUACAUGGUGUUCGUGCCAUCAUGGGUACUCGGAGUAGAAUCAUGUAUCAACUGAUUUUGAAACACAUGUCCAUGGAAGCAGCUGAUCAAGAAAAAAAUUUAAAAAAGAACAAGAAAAGUAAGAAAAAUGCAACAGUUGGAAUUGGUCGGUCAUUAUCACAGAGACUUAUUAUCCCUGUCAAGAAAUACGAUUCUGAAGUUUUCCGAAUGUUGGUACAGUUUAUUCACUGCGGAAGUGUGAAUAUCACUGAGGAAACCGUUGCUGGUUUGUAUUGUGCUGCCUCCCAGUUUGAGCUUCGAGAUCUAUGCAAUGCGUGUUUAGAUUUUGUCGAACGAUGUAUCAAGGUCGGAAGAGCUGAGAAACUUCUCUUUUCUACAAGAUGUUACAGUCAGCACAAAGCUACAAAAAUACUAUUUGAUAAGAUAUAUUCCGUGUUGGACAGACGCCACAUUGCCAGACUUGAGGAGACACAUGUAUGAAUGCACUAUGUUACAAGGUACUUCUUAUAGAUGUGCUGUAGUAUUAAUUGUUAUUUGUUGUCUGUUCAUGGAUCAAUUGUUGCUGAUAUUUUUUUUACAUUUGUUGAUAUAUAAGCUAUGAAUGAAAUAAAGAUUAAAAAUGAAACGUUUCUUGGUUAAAAAAUAUUUUUCACUUAAUUAGAAUAAGUA